AUGUCUCUGCUGCUAGAACUUUACCCAUCGUCGCUGGGCAUUUCGAUAGCCCUGGCACGAGCCCGCCAGCGUCAUUCAGCGGAGUCUCGAAUGCAGCAGUUGGAGGCGGAAUCGCUCGCUCUGGCCCUUCCCGAUGGUUUCCGUGCUGACGUGGAGAAGGAAAUCCCACAAUACUCUGCUCCACAUCCACACAUUUUGCGCACCUUGGCGUCGAUAUCUGGCGGUGCAGUGUGGGGAGUGUUGGCUCGUCGUGGCUUGAUGCAAUUGACGGAGUACGAUGGGGCGUAUUUGGGAGGUGUGGUGUGGGCGAACUUCGCAGCCUGUUUUGUCAUGGGAAUGGCAGUGAAUUCAGAGAGAACAUGGGAAAAAUUGAUAGACGAUAGUCGUCGGGACGUUAUGUUUGCUUCAAAGGGGGUGAUUCCGUUCUAUGUGGGUAUCACCACCGGAUUCUGUGGUACAUGCUCGUCGUUUUCAUCCUUCAUACUUGAAGCAUUCAAUAAGGCCGCCAAUACCCUUCCUUCGUCGAUGGACUACCCGAAUGCGGCGUAUGGAAUCAUGGAGGCGUUGUCUGUAUUUAUUACACAUAUCGGAAUUUCCGUUGCUGGGUUCCAUGGGGGCCGGCAUCUCACCGAUGCCAUCGAUAAAUUUCCUAUUCGGAAAUCAUACUUAGCGUUGGAGUAUGGGUCUAGUGCAUUGGGACUAGCAGCCUAUGUCAUUUCGAUUGUGCUUGCAUGUACCCAAGACCAUGGAACGUGGCGUCUGUGGGCAUUUCUGUGCAUAUUUGCACCAUGGGGAGCCAUGCUUCGGUUCUUCUUAUCCAAGAAGUUGAAUAGUCAGUUGAAGAACUUUCCACUCGGCACGUUUGCUGCCAACACUUUGGGAUGUAUUUUGUUGGCAAUUUUCACUGUUUUAGCUAGGGGUAAACGUGGUGAAUCCUCUAGAAUCCCGCUUGUCUCGUCUCUGAUUGGAUGUCAAGUGCUUGUGGGACUUGACGAUGGUUUUUGCGGAGCGUUAACAACUGUUUCGACAUUUGUUGUUGAAUUGUUUGGAUUGGUGCUGAUAUAUGACUACCGAUAUGGAACAGUGCUGGUUUUGACCGGAUUUGGGUGCAUGAUUUUGAUUUUGGGGUCUUAUAACUGGUCAGUUGGACUAACGUCGGCUGUAUGUGCAUCUUAG